UUUAGUAAAUUCAUUCGGAGUGCUUACUCUCAAUCCUUGUGAAAGCUGUCAAGUAAUUACCGAUUGAGUCUACACAAUUCCACAAUUUACAUUAAUAUUCCCCGAUGUGUGACCAUGGAUCACCAUGGAGCUGAUGACCCAGAGGGUCAUGCCCACCACCACGGUUCCCAUCAUGGAACCGCAGAGCCUGCUCCCCCCAGCUCCGCUCACGAAGGACACCAUCCGCCUGCGAUGUCACACCUCGAAGAUCACGGGGGAGGCCACGGGGGAGGCCACGGAGGAGUCCAUGGAGGAGGCCAUGGUGCAGAGCAUACCAAGCACGGGGACCAUGGCGAAGGAGGACACGACAUGUCCAUGUCCAUGUUCUUCCACACAGGCGAUACGGAGACGAUUCUCUUCAAGUGCUGGCGCACUGAGUCCGUCCUGGCACUGACCUUGUCCUGUCUCGUAAUUUUUCUGGUGGCCGUGCUCUACGAGGCUCUGAAGUUCUUCAGGGGCUGGCUCUUUGCGAGGAACAGGAGAAGACUGGAGGGCGGCAGGGAUCAGUACCCACCGAGGCGGUACAGAGAGGCCAACUACAACUACAACCAGCCGACUUAUCCGCCCAGGAGCAACCAGCAGACUGGGGCCCAGAUCUACGCCCACCGCCCCAGGUCGCCAUCGAUGCCACCGCUUCAGCACGGCGGACAUGGAUCCCCGCAGGCCCAAUCCGCGCACAUCAUGCCGCCACCAAUCCACCACCAUGUCCAGGAGAACCCCCCGCCCGCGGAGGGUGGCUCCGGGUUCAAGGCGUUCUGCUCCUGGAUGCACCUGCUGCAGACCUUCCUGCACGUCCUGCAGGUCUUCAUAUCCUUCCUGCUGAUGCUCGUCUUCAUGACCUUCAACGUGUGGCUCUGCGUGGCCGUUCUGCUGGGCGCCGGCGUUGGCUACUACAUAUUCUGCGCCUUCAAAACCAACAUCCAGGAUCACUGCAACUGAAGAAAGGAAAGAGUGCCAGGGACCAAGUCGAAACGAGACGAGCUGUCUAGGACCCCUGCUAAUGUAUUUUUCUAAUUAAAGCAGGCUGUAAAAAUCAUAA